CGUUAACUUCUUGGUUUCUGGUGGGAAUGAAAGAUGUAUGAAUUGUGUGAAAUUGGGUCAAUUAGGGUAUAAAAGUUCUUUGGGAGUUAGGGUAGGAGGUUAAUAGGAUUCAGUAUUCCAUGUGUAUUUCCGCAGGCGACUGCUUUGAUAUUGAGAUUAGCAGAGGCUGAAGUUGACUAGGGCCUUGCCUAAGUUUUGUACUAUCUAAAACCUUUCCUUAACCCUGUGGGAGUCAGGAGACAGAAAAGCAACAUGACAUGACCUUUCACGUGGCUAGUCUGAUUCCUAUUAUUUCCUUCCCUCCCUCCUUCUCCCUACGCUUGGUAGUACACGGGGCUUGAGACAUAACUGCCUUACCAUGUGGUCAGAACUCUGGGUUUUUCUAACCAAUGAUCCAUAGUCCCUGAUCAUACAGCCCUGCCAAUUUCCUGGAUGCAAAAGGUUCACAUACAAAACACCUUUCUGAAAGUAAGCAUGGUUUGGGUUAAAACUGUCUAUAGUCACUGGUAGUGUUGGUGGUGGGGUAGCCUGGGAGGGGGUUGCUUGACAGUAAGGAGUAAGCACAGUUGGGAAGAGCAACAUGGGAGGGACGAGAGAACUGGAUUUUUCCUUGAUGGUACCCUAUAAUCUUUGUUUCCUAAAAUACAAGCUCUGAUUUUAAAGGAAUUGGGGUCAGAAGGAAAGAGUCAGCAAGGACAUGAUUGGGGCCUUUAGAGUGUGUUGAAGUUUGAGGAAACCAUGGAGGCAGGCAAGGGGCAGUUGAAUGAGAUAAAAAGAAAGCAGAUUAAGGGAAACUUUGGGGUAAUGGAUCCAUUGGCAAGGAUGGAUGGCAAACUGUGUGGGCAAGCGGGUGGCCCCACCCAGUUAAUUACCAUUGAGGUUUCCAGGGUUGGAACCGCCAGCAACCCAGACACUGAAGAAAGAGUGAGAGUGUGACAAUGUCACUGGGAGUCAAAAAGAGAGAGAGGAGAGACCCAGACACACAAUGCACUUUAUAUUGCUUUUGUUCUGCCUGUGGUCCUGAGUUUUGGGGGAAUUUGGAAGAAAGGGUUAUUCUGGAGUUGUAGAAAGGUCCUCUCCCUCUUGACUCUCAUAGUUUGGAGAGGAAGAUGUGUAGGAGGAAUGAUGUGAAAAAGAGUAAUCUGACCUUUCCAGACACAUCUGUGAAUGAGAUUUCAGGAGUGGAAAUGGAAAUACAGUUGUACAUCAUCAUGGCCGAGAGCCACAGGACCCAAACACGGGAAGGGAUCAUUCCUUUGGAGAUUCUGAAUCUAUGACAUUGACAGAGUCCAGGAGAGCUUACGAGUAAGACGAAGGCAGAAAGAUUGAGGUUCAGAUGCUACCUCAUGGUUUCUCUCUGGCUGUGCAUCCCAGGCAUGACUGAUCAUUUCAUGUUAAUCCUAUGAUCCUGGCCCGACAGGUUUUUGCUCCCCCUUUAAUCUGGAUGUGCAUCACCCACGCCUAUUCGCAGGGCCACCAGAGGCUGAAUUUGGAUACAGUGUCUUACAACACAUUGGGGGUGGACAGAGAUGGUUGCCCCACCUACAUGGAUGUUGUCAUUGUCUUGGAUGGCUCCAACAGCAUCUACCCCUGGUCUGAAGUUCAGACUUUCCUGCGGAGGCUGGUAGGAAGAUUGUUUAUUGAUCCAGAGCAGAUUCAGGUGGGACUAGUACAGUAUGGAGAAAGUCCUGUACAUGAGUGGUCCCUGGGAGAUUUCCGAACCAAGGAAGAAGUGGUGAAAGCAGCCAGGAACCUCAGCCGGCGGGAAGGACGAGAAACAAAGACUGCCCAAGCAAUAAUGGUGGCCUGCACAGAAGGGUUCAGUCAAUCCCGGGGAGGCCGAUCAGAGGCUGCCAGGCUACUGGUGGUUGUCACUGAUGGAGAAUCACAUGAUGGAGAGGAGCUUCCAGCAGCACUAAAGGCCUGUGAGGCUGGAAGAGUGACACGCUAUGGGAUUGCGGUCCUUGGUCACUACCUUCGGCGUCAGCGAGAUCCCAGCUCUUUCCUACGGGAAAUUCGAGCUAUUGCCAGUGAUCCCGACGAGCGAUUCUUCUUCAAUGUUACUGAUGAGGCUGCACUGACUGACAUUGUAGAUGCACUAGGAGACCGAAUUUUUGGCCUUGAGGGGUCUCAUGGAGAAAAUGAAAGUUCCUUUGGGCUGGAAAUGUCUCAGAUUGGUUUCUCCACUCAUCGACUAAAGGAUGGGAUUCUCUUUGGGAUGGUGGGGGCCUAUGACUGGGGAGGCUCAGUGCUAUGGCUUGAAGAAGGUCAUCGCCUUUUCCCCCCACGAACAGCCCUGGAAGAUGAAUUUCCCUCUGCUCUGCAGAACCAUGCAGCCUACCUGGGUUACUCUGUUUCCUCCAUGCUUUUGCGGGGUGGACGCCGCCUCUUUCUCUCAGGGGCUCCUAGGUUUAAACAUCGAGGAAAAGUCAUCGCCUUCCAACUUAAGAAAGAUGGGGCUGUGAGGGUCGCCCAGAGCCUCCAGGGGGAGCAGAUUGGUUCAUACUUUGGCAGUGAGCUUUGCCCAUUGGAUACAGAUAGGGAUGGGACAACUGAUAUUUUACUUGUGGCUGCCCCCAUGUUCCUGGGACCCCAGAACAAGGAGACAGGACGUGUUUAUGUGUAUCUGGUGGGCCAGCAGACUUUGCUAACACUCCAAGGAAUCCUUCAGCCAGAACCUCCCCAGGAUGCUCGGUUUGGCUUUGCCAUGGGUGCUCUUCCUGAUCUGAACCAAGAUGGGUUUGCUGAUGUGGCUGUAGGGGCACCCCUGGAGGAUGGGCACCAGGGAGCACUAUACCUGUACCAUGGAACCCAGAGAGGAGUCAGGCCCCAUCCUGCCCAGAGAAUUGCUGCUGUCACCAUGCCACAGACCCUUAGCUACUUUGGCCGAAGUGUGGAUGGCCGGCUAGAUCUGGAUGGAGAUGAUCUAGUAGAUGUGGCUGUGGGUGCUCAGGGGACAGCCAUCCUGCUCAGCUCCCGGCCCAUUGUCUACUUGGCCCCAUCACUGGAGGUGACCCCACCUGCCAUCAGUGUGGUCCAGAGGGACUGUAGGCGGCGAGGCCAGGAGGCAGCAUGCUUGACUGCAGCCCUUUGCUUCCAAGUGACCUCCCGCACACCUGGACGCUGGGAUCACCAAUUCUAUGUGCACUUCACAGCAACAAUAGAUGAGUGGAUGGUAGGGGCACGUGCAGCAUUUGAUGGCUCUGGUCAGAGGAUGCCCCCUCGGCAGCUCCAGCUCAGCGUGGGGAAUGUCACUUGUGAGCAGCUGCACUUUCAUGUGUUGGAUACAUCAGAUUAUCUCCGGCCAGUGGCCUUGACUGUGACCUUUGCCUUGGACAACACCACAAAGCCAGGGCCUGUGCUGGAUGAAGGUUCACCCACCUCUAUACGAAAAUUGGUCCCCUUCUCCAAAGACUGUGGCUCUGACAAUGAAUGCAUCACAGACCUGGUGCUUCAAGCUAAUAUGGACAUCAGAGGCUCCAGGAAGGCCCCAUUUGUGGUUCGAGGUGGCCGGAGGAAAGUGCUGGUAUCAGCAACUUUGGAAAACAGGAAGGAAAAUGCCUACAACACUAGCCUGAGUCUCAGCUUUUCUAGAAACCUCCACCUAGCCAGUCUCACUACUCAGAGGGACAGCUCAGUAAAGGUGGAAUGUGCAGCUCCUUCCCCUAAUGCCCGGCUCUGCAGUGUGGGGCAUCCUGUCUUCCAGACUGGAGCCAAGGUGACCUUUCUGCUUGAGUUUGAGUUUAGCUGCUCCUCACUCCUGAGCCAGAUCUUGGUGAGGUUGAAUGCCAGUAGCAGUAGCCUGGAAACAAAUGGAACCCUUCAAGAUAACACAGCCCAGACCUCUGCCUACAUCCAGUAUGAGCCUCAUCUCCUAUUCUCUAGUGAGUCCACCCUGCACCGCUAUGAGGUUCACCCCUAUAGGACCCUCCCAGUGGGUCCUGGCCCUGAAUUCAAAACUACUCUUAGGGUUCAGAACCUUGGCUGUUACGUGGUCAGUGGCCUCAUCAUCUCAGCUCUUCUUCCAGCUGUAGCCCAGGGAGGCAAUUACUUCCUGUCACUAUCUCAAGUCAUCACUAACAAUGCAAGCUGCACAGUGCAGAACCUGACCAAGCCCCCAGGCCCCCCUGUGCAUCCAGAGGAGCUUCGACACACAAACAGGCUGAAUGUCAGCAAUACUUGGUGUCAAGUUGUGAGGUGCCACCUUGGGCAGCUGGCAAAGGGGACCGAGGUCUCUGUUGGACUCCUGAGGCUGGUUCACAAUGAAUUUUUCCGGAGGGCCAAGUUCAAGUCUGUGAUAGUGGUCAGUACCUUUGAGCUGGGAACUGAGAAAGGCAGUGUCCUACAGCUAACUGAAGCGUCCCGUUGGAGUGAGAGCCUCCUGGAGGUGAUUCAGAUCCACCCCGUCCUCGUCUCCUUGUGGAUCCUCAUUGGCAGUGCCCUGGGAGGGCUGCUCCUGCUUGCUCUCCUUGUCUUCUGUCUAUGGAAGCUUGGCUUCUUUGCACGUAAGAAAAUCCCUGAGGAAGAAAAAAGAGGAGAGAAGCUGGAGCAAUGAAUGUAAAAUAAGGCUCUAGAAAGUCCUCCCUGGCAGCUUCUUCAAGAGACUUGCGUCAGAGGAGAGGUUUGGAGGCUCAGAGGGGACAAGAAGAUGCUUCUGGACUAACUCCCCAGACCUGCAGCUUGACUUGACUUUUGAGUCCUGAGAAUGUUACUGGCAAGAGAUGAAGCUUUACCUCAAAAGAAAAAAAAAAAAAAAAAAGGCUGGCACAAGAACUAGCAACACUCCCACCCUGUGCUUCCCUAUUCCUCAUGAUCCCAGUUCCACAGCCAAUCCUGGGGUCUCUGUUCCUCCCACCCAUCACCACCAGAAACAAAAGAAUUUUUUGCCUAGGUCUCUCUCCUUCCAGAACCCUUUAUCCUGGAAAGGAUGAGUGUUAUCCUCCUCCAUUCCUCCAAUCUCUCACCUUCCUGCCUAUUCCCCACUCCACAGGAGGGAGCUGGCAUUGGCUUGCAAGAUGUAAAGUCAACAUCUGCUGCUUUCCUGUGGAGUCUAGUGAUUCAUAGAGCCAGAUGGGGAGAGUCAACAGGAAAAAAGGAGGGAGGAGGAAAAGCCACAAGAGACACUCUGUACAAUUCCAAGGAACAGAGAAGCCUUUAGACAGGCAACUGCCAUCCCCCCUGAAACCUGAGACUCUGUGGUGCACUGGCCAGCCCUCAGGUGCUGGGGAAACAGAGCUGCCCCCAGGCUUGCUGGGCAUGGGCUUCCCAGUCCUUCCCUGGGAGCAAAGCCAGGGCCUGGUGCCUGAUUUUCUGGAGCCAGGGGCCCCCAGGUGGCUGAAACUAGAAUAGCAGAGAAGACCAGGUAGUUAAGCUUUGUUUUCUCUACUUCUCUGACCUUACUUGCUGUCUUCAGCCCUCCUUGGAGUCUCAUAGAAAGCCAAGAGAAGAAUACUGCUGGAUGGUGGGUAACUCUUUUGCUUUAGCAGCUUUGGGAAGCAGCAGCCCCAUGGGCUCCGAACAAGUAGGGUGUACAUUGAGUUCUCUAGGGAGCAAGCCCCUUCUUGCCCAGCACUGGUUGUGUAGCACAAAUAGCUCUUAGGAAAAUGUUUCUGGGGCAACCCCAAUCAUACUUUGUAGGGUUUCUCUGUUGGAAUCAGUUUAUCAGACCUUGUUUGCUGUUUACUGGAAAUCCCCAAGUAAAUUUUUGACCUACCCCACCCUCAUCCCAUAUUUCAGUCAUGGCCAUUAAAGGCAAUUGGAUUAUCAUACA